UCCAUUAUAAAGUCCAAUUGGUCACACAAAAACAAGACCUCAUAUAGGUCUGUAGAUGAAAUAAUAAAAGUUGUGUCUCUUAAAAGGGAGGAACUAAAAAAUGAAGAUUAGCUGUGUCCUCAAGGCCAAUAUGGGCUGUGUCCUCAAAAAAGUCUGCACUAGAAAAACAUUACAAUGUUCUUAACAAGAUGCUGGGAAUUGUAGUCCUCCUGCUGGCAGCCACAAUGUUUCAGUGUGUCAGAGGCAAUGUGCAAUCCUUCAAUCUCCCAGCAGAGGGAACCAAAGACCAACAGACAACCGGAAGCUGCUCUGCUCCACAUGUAUUCGUGGUCAGGCCAGGGCUUCCGACCGGCCAUGAAUCCCCGGGACUUGUGUGGCGGAGAGGAGGCUCUGCCGGUACCUGUGUGUGGGGAAUGGACGCGACUGCCGGCCUUCCAGUACACUGCUGAGCUGGUUGCUGGUCCUGGUGCACAGUUGGAUCCAAGUGAAGUCACCAUUCAGGGCUGUAAGUGCCAAGGUCCAAGCUGCUUGCCUGGGAAGUGUGCCUGCCUGCCUCAUGGUGAGAGCUACCUUCACCGCCGCUUACACAGUGCCCAGAAGCCAAUCCUGGAAUGUAACAUCAUGUGUCCCUGUGGGGAAUCUUGUGCCAACCGAGAAACGCAGCAAGGACUGCAGUUCCAGCUCCAGGUGUGUCAGGUGCCAGGAAAGGGUUGGGGUCUUUUCACCCAGGAGAACGUACCCAGUGGGAGGUUUAUUUGUGAGUAUGCAGGUGAGGUCCUGGGCCGUGAAGAAGUGCAUCGCAGGAUACAUGAGCAGGACCCUGAAGCCAAUAACUACAUCAUUGCUGUACUCGAGCACCUUCAUAGCGGGUGCACCUUGGAGACAUUUGUAGACCCGACCUUUAUCGGCAAUAUAGGGAGGUUUUUGAAUCAUUCGUGUCAGCCUAAUCUAGUUAUGGUGCCAGUCCGUACCCACUCCAUGGUGCCCAGGCUGGCAUUGUUUGCUGCUCGGGAUAUACAGGCUGGAGAAGAAUUAUGUUAUGAUUACUCUGGAAUGGCUUUUAAUUUUACCCCCAACAGUGAGCUGCACAGCAGACCCAGUCAGGACAAGGAAAGGGAGAGAAACCAGGGCAAGAAGUGUCUGUGUGGCACUGCCCCCUGCUCUGGGUAUCUGCCCUUUGAUGUCACACUCUAUAAAGCAGCACCAUAAGAGGUAUUGGCAACAGUAUUAACUAGAUUUUAACAUAUGUAGAAGAUCCCAAGAUCAGAGCUUUUAUUAUAUUUUCUAUUCUUCUGGUUGUACAAUAAAAUUUGGGGCAAAAAGGGAGAAGGGUAGUUGACAAUUACCUCUUCAUUUCAAUGCACAUUUACAUCUGACAAGAAGGCCAGAGACACAUUUUAUUUCAGGUGGGGGUCCUGGCAGUUGACAGAGCUUUUGACUUUUUCUAUUAACAAGAAAAAAAAAUUGACCUUUGAAACCUAACCCGGAGCACCGUGCAGUCGAGUCAUUCACAAGCAUUGGAAACCUAUGAGGGUCCA